GGGGCCAGCGGUGGUUCCCGUGGCGGCCGCACGGCGGGAGGGAGCGAUGGCGGCGGCGCAGGGGGACGCGUUCCUGAGAGCCCGGGACAGGACUCUGACCGCCUUCCGCCCAGAGGAUGAGUACCAAUGGAAAGGGCCCUUUUACUUCAUCCAGGGAGCAGAUCCUCAGUUUGGACUGAUGAAAUCUUGGAGAGUUGGAGAAGCUGACAAUGGAGAUGAUGAAUGGGGAGAAGAAAUCGUAUUAGCAGAGCAAGCAGUGCAAGCCAUUAACAAACUAAACCCUAAACCCAAGUUCUUUGUGUUGUGUGGAGACCUUAUCCAUGGAAUGCCAGGAACUCGAUGGAGAAAGGACCAAGAAAAAGAUUUAAAGAAUGUUCUGAAGAACACUGAUCAGGACAUCCCAUUGGUAUUUGUCAGUGGAAAUCAUGAUCUUGGCAAUACUCCAACAAAAGAAACAAUUGAUAAUUACUGCAAGAACUGGGGAGAUGACUACUACAGCUUUUGGGUUGGAGGUGUUUUCUUUCUUGUUCUGAACUCUCAGUUGUACUUUGAUUCUUCCAAAUGCCCGGACUUAAAGCAAGCCCAGGAUGUGUGGCUCAAUGAGCAAUUGGCUGUUGCUAAAAAACAUAAAUGCAAGCAUAUAAUAGUAUUUCAGCACAUCCCUCUCUUUCUGCAAAAACCUGAUGAAGUCCACGAUUAUUUCAACUUUGAAAAAUCAAUUCGUCAAGAGAUACUGGAAAAGUUUCACAAAGCAGGCAUUAGAGCUGUAUUUUCUGGACAUUACCAUAGGAAUGCUGGAGGGUUCUACAAAGGCAUGGAAAUGGUGGUUUCAUCAGCAAUAGGAUGCCAGCUGGGAGAAGAUACACAUGGGCUUCGAGUGGUUAUUGUCACAGAGGAAAAGAUUGUUCAUAGAUAUUACAGUUUAAAUGAACUGAGCAGCCAAGGCAUAGAGAAAGAGCUGCUAGAUAUGCUUGCCAAGCAAAACUAGGCUAUCUUAAAUGUGAUUUGGUUUGUUUCCAUAUUAGACAAAUAAACAGGUUCAGAUAGAAAUGUUAGAUUUUUUUUUUAUUAUUUAAAAAAUUUAUACUCUGUUAGAGAUUAGUUUCAGAAAGUUUCCCCAAGCUGAAGAUACAGAUUUCUGCAUGCCCACCAUGCACCAGAACAGCUCUCACUAUGUUAGCAUCCUGAGUAACAAGAAAGCUGUUCAAGUGUUUCUUUUGAAAAUGAGACUUAUGAGAAAUGUGGAAGAAGAGCAGAACUAAUACAGUAAGGUAUCACUGAAAAGAACUGCUUCGAAAAUUUUUAAGUUCCUCCUAGGUAAGACUUCCUUGUUACAGAGAAAGUGUAUCAGGAACAAGAGUUGUAUCUUCUAGAUAAUCCUUUAACUCAAGUCUUUCAUUUUUAUAAUUGAGAGGGUACUUUAAAAAACAACAGAUUUAGUAAUUCCUGUUACAAUCUAUACAAUAUAAAUGAGGCAUUUUUUGCUCUGUAAAAACAAAUCUCAAAAACUCAAAUCACCAGACUCCCACUGACUUGCAGCACCUUUGGAUCAGAUCUUAUUACCUAGAGGUUUUCUUUGCUCCGAUUUCCCAUACUUACUUUUUUGAGCUCUUCAGAGCAAGCAGCUAUAGAAGAGCAAACACAUUCUGCUUUGCAGUCAAAGUUUCUGUUACAGCCUGGUCUUGUAUAAUGACUCGUCCAUAAAUGAAGCUAAAAUUGAAGCCACUGACAGAAACUAAACAGGGAACAACUAUUUUCCUUUUGAAAAGUAACUACCAGUUCAAUUAGCACAUAUUCUUGCUACAGCCUCAGAAGUUGGAAUAAUUGCAUGGGGAGAAUAUUCUUUACAGAAUACUGUUACAAGAAGUCACUUUGCUGAUUUCUAGACAAGGGGGAAAUCUUUGAUGUUCAGAUGCAAUUUUGCAAUUUAAUUGUGCCUUGCUUGUUGAGAAACCAAAAAAAGUCUAUUUCCUUCACUGGAAUAAGUGCUUAAAAAUAAAUUUGUGCUACAGCCUUUCAUUUUUAGCAAGUGCAUCUGAUUGCUUAUUGUUAAAGCAAUUU